CCUUUCCUUUUUAAGCAGGGAAGAGGAAUAACAAAGACUUAAAAAAACAUAUCCAAUAUCUUUGGGGGGGCAAAAAAAGACUACUUGUGCUCUAUUUUAAUUUCUUUCUAUGCUUCCCUUAUUUUAGAGAGAGAUAAGGGAGAGAUAGAGGAAAAGAGAAAUUAAGAAGAGUUUACAUAUACAAUACAAACAUAUAUAGCAUGGAAACAGAAGAAUAUGCAGUGCAAGCUCAGAAGCAAUCGCAAUCGCCGCUGCCGUCGCGCUUCAAGCGUGUCUGCGUCUUCUGCGGCAGCAGCUCCGGCAAGAAGCCGAGCUACCAACUCGCCGCGAUCCAACUCGGCCAUGAAUUGGUGGAGAGGAACAUAGAUUUGGUGUAUGGAGGGGGAAGUGUUGGACUCAUGGGGCUUGUUUCUCAAGCUGUUUAUAAUGGUGGUCGCCAUGUAUUGGGCUAUGUAUUUUUGGUUUGUUGCAGGGUUAUCCCCAAGAUUCUAAUGCCCAAAGAGAUAACAGGAGUUACAGUCGGAGAGGUGAGAGCGGUCUCCGACAUGCACCAAAGGAAGGCCGAGAUGGCACGCCAGGCCGACGCCUUCAUCGCCUUGCCUGGUGGGUAUGGGACAUUGGAAGAGCUCCUUGAAGUCAUAACUUGGGCUCAGCUUGGGAUUCACGAAAAACCUGUGGGUUUGCUGAACGUCGACGGCUACUACAACUCUCUCCUGUCGUUCAUCGACAAGGCCGUCGACGAAGGGUUCGUCACACCGUCGGCGCGUCGCAUCAUCGUCUCCGCUCCGACCGCCCACGAGUUAUUAUCCAAGCUCGAGGAUUAUGUUCCAAUGCAUAAUGGUUUUGGGCUCAAGCUAAGUUGGGAGAUGGAGCAAAUUUGCCACUCACCCAAAUCCGACAUUUCCCGUUGACUUUGACCAAGAAAACACCCACCUAUGUAAAUGUAAAAUGUAUUUGUUGUAGAGUGCCUAAUUAGUGCUUAUGAUUAAAUUAACACCAAGGAAAUUAAAUUAAACAAGGUUAAUUGCACUAUUCAUGCCCCAAAACUUUUUUUUUUUUA